CGGCCACCCAAUGCCCAUUUCAAAGGCAGAACUACCCGCUCUGCAGGACGCUCAAUCAACCAACACGUGUGCAUGCACAGGACAAUUUCCCAACUCCCCCCGCUUGUCACUUCCCUGUAUACUUCUGGGUACGUGCUAUAAAUACUUCAAACAAACAACAUAGAACAACAUUAAUUGCAAGGCAACAUACUCCUGGAGGAAACAUUCUAGUUCUUAUUUUUAUCUAUCCGAGUGAAGAAAGAUGUCUACCGCAAAGCAACAUUUCAAGGCAGGGGAAUCCCAUGGCCAGGGCCAGGCCACAGCUGAGGAGUGGAUGCAAUCCACAAAGGAUGCAGCCAAUGCAACAAAAGACAAGACCGCUGAUGCAACUCAAUCAGCCACGGAAUCUGCUCAACAUGGGAAGGACCAAAGUGCUACCUUCAUCCAGCAGAAAGGAGAACAGAUGAAACACAUGGCUCAGGGAGCUGUAGACAGCAUGAAGACCACACUCGGAGUGGGUGACAAGUAAUGUUGAUAAUAGAAGAUCCGACAUCUACAUAUCAUAGUCCGUUGUUGUGAUAGUAUAUCGUUUAAGAUUCUGGGUGGCUUGUAAUAAAGCUUCUUCUUUUUUGUUUUUCUUUCGUUUUCCUUUUCGAUUCAUAUAUAGCCAUAGUGGGAGAUGUAAUAAAGGCUUAAUUAAAAUAUUAAUGCAAAUAAGAAGCUUUAAUUU